GGGGGAUGAAAAGAGACGGUACUCUUUAACACAGGGACAAACACAUUGACGGAAAAUCUGUUUACCUCAAGCUAAAACUUUCUGUUGGGACAGAAAUUUAAUACAAAACUCGGGGAAAUGACCCUGACGACGAAGGCUCCAUGUUUCAAAUCGAAGUUUAUCACCGCUGAGCUGGCCCGUCUGUUCAGCCAGUCGGACAGCGAGGAGGACUUCGAAGGCUUCAGCGAGAAUGAAGAAGAAAACAUGAGGUGUUCAAACAAGCAGCUCAAAACCAAGGUUUUGGACUCGGAGGACGACAGCGACGUGGACACAGGCUUCUACUCGGAUGGAGAGGCGGGACCGCCAUCGAAGAGGAGGAGGAGUCUCCUAGUGGCCAUAAGGUUUCCCAUGAAAACUCCUAAACAGGAAGCACCUAAGAAAAACGCUAAAAAACCUGUAAAAGAAAACCCUCGUUCAAAGAGAGCAUGUCGGGGGCCGACGAAGAAGAAGCAGCAGCAGCAGCAGGAGGAUGAAGAGGAGGACAAGGAGGAAGAGGAGGACGACGGCGAGGAGGUUCUGUAUCAGAGCUUGAAGAAACGAGACAAGAACAUCCAGGAGAACAAGGCCAUGCUGGCGAAGCUGUUCGCUGAUCUGGACACCAUGGCUGACCUGACGCUGCCGUCCACCCCUCAGAAGAAAAGACGGGCUUCAGAGAAGGUGACGCCACGCAAACGCAAGCUCGACGCCGGCGCCGUGUCCGAAAGGAGGAACCCGUCCCGCAAAGCCCGUCCUCCUGAGAACUUUGCGGUGGAGGAGAAGAGCGAGACCACCCGGAAACCCUCCGGCCCCCGGAUCGUAGACCUGAAACGUCUGGUGGCGAUUGACGAGGAAAUGGUUGAUCAGCAGAAGAAAACGUGGAAGAGGAAGAGUUACGGCAGGAGGAGCCGGCAGGUGGUGAAGUCUGUGGACGAGAUCACAGAAGAAGACCUGGAGAACAUCGCCUACCGCAGCAAAGACAAGAUCUGGGACAAAGAGAAUGGCAGCUCCUGCCACCAGUGCAGGCAGAAGACUCUGGACACCAAGACGGUGUGUCGCAGCGGCUUCUGCUUCGGGUCCAAAGGCCAGUUCUGCGGGCCGUGCCUGAAGAACCGCUACGGAGAGGACGUGCGCACUGUUCUGCUCGACCCGAGCUGGUCCUGUCCGCUCUGCAGAGGCGUGUGUAACUGCAGCCUGUGUCGUAAGAGGGAGGGCCGCUGCGCCACCGGCAUCCUGGUGGGCUUGGCUCGCUUCAACGGCCACGACAACGUCCACGAGUAUUUGGAGAGUAUUCAGAAAGAGUUGCGGUGAAGUCCUCAGAAGAGACCGGAGAGGAGGCGCUGCUCCCUGCUGCACAGUACUGUAGAAACUGUUUUAACGCACAUUUUUAGGUUUAGACCAAUUUUUAGGUUGUUUUGAUGUCACCGUUAAAAAUGUUCAACGUUUUAUGUAUGUAAUUAUAUCCUGAUUUUUAGGCUGCGUCAUCGACGCAGACAUGCGUAGUUUUAAGUUUUG